GGAACUAUAAGUUACAUACACAGUUGAAAGCUAAAAUUAUGACACAACUGUGCAGAAUAUGUUUUUAUCUUUUCUUUUUCUCACCAAAAUACGUCACAUCUGAAACAUCUGAAUGAGUCAUAAGUUACCUGAAAAAAAUGAAAGGAAGGUGGUUUUAAAUGUAACUUAAAAUCUUUUUUGGGUGGGAUUAUUACUUUAAUUUCACUGAGACGUGAUUGUCCUAUAAAAGGCUCUAAAAAAAUCUUCUUAAUAAAACCUGUUUAGUGAUACGAAGUAGGUUGAAAAGGGGCUGAAAAAAGCAAAACAUUGUAUAUUCUAUUCUAUUCUAUUCUGUUCUAUUCUAAUAUAUUAUAUUAUGAGGGGAAUUGCCAGCCUAGUCAGAGGUCAUUGUUUCAGCUGAAAGGGGAUUUUUGCAUCUGUGAACAAAUUUAAAAUUGUCUUCAACAUAAGUUAGAAGCAAAUGGAAAACAAUAGUCAAACAUAAUAGGAAUUGCCAAUAAUAAAAGAAGUAAUGACUAAAACGUGAAUUGGAAAACGUUUUAUUUGGUUUGUUUUUCAAAAAGUCCUGAAAGAAGUCACAGGAGAAAGUGUCAGGUAAAAUUCCAGUUUGAUUCUGCCCUCCCUCUGUCCCGCCCCCUUCCUCUUUUCAUUCACUCAUUCACUGAGUGGAUGUUUUUGUUUUCCGAACCGCACAUGCGCUUCCCUUUAUAGCAGGUCCGAUCACUCACACUUGAUCAUAACCCAACCCCAACACAGGCGAGAGAGCACAGCUCCCGUGUCGACGUGCGAAAGAUCACUUCUGCUCCAAGAUGAGGAGAGAGGACCACAAUAAGAAGAGUGAUCCGAAGAUGACCCGCAAAUGCGGCUCCUCUUGCCUCGGCCCCCUGGCCUUCCAUCCUGGGGCCGUGGGAGACAUGAUCUGUCUGAGCGAGGGCGGUCGACGUGCCGAGAGAGUUGAAGACACUUUCAAAGGUGGCGUUGUUUUCACCAGCCGCCCUGUGAAGACCCACGAGAGGAUCCGGGUGCUGGUGGAGAAGUGCGUGCCACACUGGCAAGGAGCCAUACGCGUGGGCUUCACCAACGUCCCUCCAUUAGCCAGAUCUUUGCCUCUGCCCCCGUUGUCUAUGCCCGACCUCACCCAAACCUCGGGCCACUGGGCCAUCGCUGUGCCCGACUCCUACUGUCAGGAAGGUUCAGUGCUGGAAUUCUGGGUCACAUAUGGCGGCAACAUAUAUGUGAAAUUUCAAAACUCUGGGAAGCAAAGGCUAGUCGUGAAUGUGGACGUUAGAAUGCCUCUCUGGGCCAUGAUUGAUGUCUAUGGUCAGACGUGCUCCGUCUUCCUUCUAGGCUCAAAGACAAAGGGUUUUCUUUCCAAGAAAACAUCUUGCCCUGUACCUGAGCCUCCCAUCAGACGGCCCUCCACUUUCAGUCUUGUAAAUACAGCGCUGAGUGAAAACUCUGAUGACGGGAUGUCCUGCCUGAACAUGGAAAUCCCAGCAGACAACCACUGCGUGGUGUGCAUGGUGCGGCAGACGGACAUCUCGCUGCCCUGUGGUCACCGCUGCCUCUGCAAUCGCUGCACCCCCAGAGUCCUGGUGCAGUUUGGUACCUGUCCGCUGUGUCGACUGGUGAUCAGCACUCCACCGGUGAUGUGGAGGUGACCCUUUGGAGCUGGCUGAUCGCUAAAACUGCUGCAGAAAGCAUCAAAUGCGAACUACUGACAGACUGCAACACUACAGACAGCAACCACUGAAUGUGUCCCUAGAGUGAAGUAAAACCAGGAUUUCAAAAUGAAUAAACUUGAAACUCAUACAAGAGUAGAAGUUCUGAGAUGCUACUAGUGUGAAGACACUUGUUUAUUGUUGCUAAUGAUUGUUUUUU